ACCCAGUUGAACGUUUGUUAUCGCAGAAAGCAUUCCAUCAGCGUAUAUAUGUGUGUUGAAUGUAAUAUGAAUAAUAUUACAGAGGAAUUCAGCGAUACGGGCAUUUCAACACAUUACACAUAUAAUGUUAUAGAAACUUUUACUUUACUUUGAUAAACAUAAUCCUACCGACAUAAUGCGUAAUUCGACAUGCAUUUGGAUUACUUUGCUCAAUGUUUUUCUCUUCAAUGGAUGCGCAGCUUGUCCAAAGGAAAAUUAUGACUUUGCCUAUCAGCAGGAAUUUGAGGCAGAGUUUGAGCCCGAGCAACAUCAAGAACAGCAAAAACUUAAGGAAAUCAAAUAUAGCUACUCAAAUAUUAAGCCACCAGCCACAGUGGGAUUGCUGUAUCCGCGGGAGUCUGAGACACGGGAGGUGCGCUCUUUGGACGGUAUGUGGUUGCUGCUACGGAGCAAUGCCAGCGAUCCGCUGCAGGGCAUACGCGAAAAGUGGUACAACCAGAGCCUUAGAGCGACGAACCAUAGCACAAUUUUGAUGCCAGUGCCAGCCUCCUACAACGAUGUGACCGUGGACCAGCAAUUGCGUGAUCAUGUGGGCACAGUUUGGUAUGAACGACAGUUCUUUGUGCCCACACGUUGGCGUACGGAUAAGCUACGCACCUGGCUACGUUUUGGUAGCGUUCAUUACCAAGCUGUUGUUUGGAUCAAUGGCCAGGCUGCGUUACGUCAUAACUUUGGUCAUCUGCCAUUUGAAGCGGAGAUUGACAGUUUUGUGAAGUACGGCAGCGAGAACCGCAUUACGAUUAUGGUCGACAAUCGGCUCAACAAUCGCACCAUACCACAGGGCAAAGUGCUCAAGCAGGCUAACGAUGACGGUGUCGUCUAUGUGCAGACAUAUACGUUUGACUUCUUCAACUACGCCGGCAUUCAUCGAUCUGUACACCUUUAUACAACGCCGCAAACCCACAUUAGCGACGUGGAGUUGAGGACACUGAUUUCUAUCAAUAAAAUUGGCCGCAUUGAUUAUCGUUUGUGGUUUGGAAACGAGGGCUCCUUGGCUAGGAACUCCAACUAUGUGCUUGUGCAGUUGCGUGACGAAACAGGCACUGUGGUCGCUCAUCAAAUAAAUCGGGAACUUCGAAACGGCACUCUGCUCGUAACGAAUGUUAAGCCCUGGUGGCCCUAUCUAAUGGAUCCCGUGCCCGGCUAUAUGUACAGCCUGGAAUUCCUGUUGUUCUCAACAGAUGAGAGCGACGCAGAGGCGAACAGUCAACUGAUAGAUGCCUAUCGAAUGCCCAUAGGAAUACGCAGUCUCAGCUGGAACAACGAUGGCUUGUACCUCAACGGCAAGUCGCUCUAUUUACGUGGUUUCGGCAAGCACGAGGACUCCGAUAUUCGCGGAAAGGGCCUGGAUAAUGCGAUGAUUAUGCGAGAUUUUAAUCUGCUUAAGUGGAUCGGUGCGAACGCAUAUCGCACCUCACAUUAUCCCUAUUCUGAGGAAUCCAUGCAAUUUGCAGACAAGCACGGCAUUAUGAUCAUCGAUGAGUGCCCCAGUGUUAAUACUGAUUUAUUCGAACCACAACUUUUGCUUAACCACAUGUCUGCCUUGGAGCAGCUCAUUCAUCGCGAUCGCAACCACGCCUCCGUGAUUGCCUGGUCGAUAGCCAACGAGCCGCGCACUCAGAAGAUGACGGCAGAAGCAUAUUUUGGCGCUUUGACCAAUUAUACGCGGGGUAUCGCACAUGGAAGACCGCUAACGGCUGCCAGUAACGUAGACUCGCCUUCCAAGUGCAAGAUGUCACAGUUUUUGGAUAUUAUUGGCUUCAAUCGUUACAACGCCUGGUAUCACAAUGCGGGACGCACCGACAUGAUUGUGAGUCCGAUGUAUGAGGAGGCAAAAUAUUGGCGAGAGCGCUAUCAAAAACCGAUCAUUGUCUUUGAAUAUGGCGGUGAUACUCUGGAAGGAUAUCACACACUGCCCGCCUUUAUCUGGUCAGAGGAAUAUCAGACAACGUUAUUCUCAAAGCACUUCCAAGCAUUUGAUAAAUUGCGACAGCUCAAAUGGUUCAUGGGUGAAUUUGUGUGGAACUUUGCCGACUUUAAAACAGAACAGACCAUCACGCGCGUGGGCGGUAAUAAAAAGGGAGUUUUCACGCGCGACAGACAACCCAAAGCUGUGGCUCAUCUCUUGCGACAGCGAUACUAUGCACUCGCGUUGAAACUGGACAAUGCCAGUAUGCCCGUAGAUCUCUUUAACUACAUUAUCGAGUGGAACUAAAAUAAAAAGUCAGAAAAAUAUACCAGGCUUAGGUCCAGACGCACUUUAAGCUAUACCCGUAUUUAUGUAAAUAUAUUAGCUAUCUGAUAACAACACUGUGUUAUAUAUCUAUACUCUUCAAAUAUUAUUAAAUAAACCAUAAAAAUAAA